UAAGAAAAUGCUCGGAUCCGAACGCAGUGUGGUAGAAGAAUGGCUGUCCGAAUUCAAGGCGUUACCUGAAACUCAAGUCUCCAAUUAUGCAGCCACGCUUCACCGGAAAAAAACAUUGGUGCCUGCUCUUUAUAAGGUCAUUCAGGAUCCAAACAAUGAGCUUCUAGAGCCCGUCUGCCACCAACUCUUUGAACUCUAUCGUAGCUCCGAGGUCCGUCUCAAAAGGUUCACGCUGCAGUUCUUGCCGGAACUGAUCUGGGUUUAUCUGCGUCUGACUGCCAGCAAAGAUCGGCAAAGUAAUGGCUGCAUCGAAGCCCUGCUCUUGGGGAUUUACAACUUGGAAAUUGCUGACAAAGAUGGGAACAAUAAAGUUUUAUCUUUCACCAUCCCUUCCUUAUCCAAGCCAUCAAUUUACCAUGAGCCGUCGACUAUUGGAUCCAUGGCUUUGACGGAGGGAGCCCUAUGUCAGCACGACCUCCUCAGAGUAGUGUACAGUGACCUGCACCCUCAGAGAGAAACGUUUACGGCACAGAACAGGUUUGAGGUGCUGAGUUUUCUCAUGUUGUGCUACAACUCCGCCAUUGUCUACAUGCCCGCCUCUUCCUAUCAGUCGCUUUGUAGGAUGGGCUCCAGGCUCUGUGUCAGUGGGUUUCCUCGGCAACAUGAAAAAUGCUGGAAGGAAGAGUGUGGUAGAGUAGUCCUGGAUCCGGACUUCAUGGUGCAACUCCUCACCGGAGUUUAUUAUGCUGUGUACAACGGACAGUGGGAACUCGGCCAGGAAGCCCUGGAUGACAUAAUUUACAGAGCGCAGCUUGAGCUCUAUUCUCAGCCACUGUUGGUUGCAAAUGCUAUGAAGAACUCCUUGCCCUUUGACGCUCCUGACGCAUCCCAAGGAGGGCAGAAAGUGCUGAAGGUAGAGGUGACCCCGACAGUGCCGAGGAUCUCUCGGACCGCCAUUACCACCGCUUCGAUCCGCCGACACCGCUGGAGGAGAGAAGAUGGCUUUGACUUCUCAAACGAUGACUUGAGCAUUCCCGGAUCCCCGGUCCUUCCCGGCUCCACAGACCUAGGGAUUAAACGCAAGCAAGAGGGGGACAUCCUGGUGCUCAGGACCCCUGAGCAUGGCUCACCGGAGCCCAACUUGGCAGCCGCCACUGCAGAGGACACUGACGGUAUCAACGGAAGAGAGGAAUCCGUGAACCUGAACGACGCUGAUGAAGGGUUUUCAUCUGGGGCCUCACUGAGCAGCCAACCCGUCGGGACCAAACCUCUUUCCUCCGCGUCCCAGAGGGGCAGCUUACGGAAAGGAGGGAGCGUCCGUGCGGCCAGGGAAAAAGAAAUCGUCUCUGCCACCAGGUCCAGCGAGAGCCCCCGGGAGUCCGCCCGCAAGCAGUACCUACACCAGUCGGCCGAACUGGGUCCGGACGCGAUCGAAAUGACUCCUACCAAGAAGCACCUGAGCCUGCCUGCCGGGCAGGUGGUGUCCAAGGCCAGCAGCGUGAGCCUGAUCCGGACUGCCAGCGCCUCUUCCACUAAAUCCUUUGACUACGUGAACGGUAGUCAAGCGGGUUCCGGCAUCGGCAUGGGCGGCGAGGGUGUUACUAACUUGGCAGCCGGAAACUCCAAUAGGUUUUCGACUAUUAGUCUGCAGGAGGACCGCUUAGGGCAAGCCGGCAACGGGAAAGACGUCCUCUCGCCGGGAGCUCCUCUGACCAAGCAAUCCCGAUCCCCGAGUUUCAAUAUGCAAUUGAUAUCCCAAGUUUAGCUUCGUCGUCCCGCCUUUCCCCCACCCCCACCUCUUUCCCCAGCCCCUCUUUGAGCAUCAACAGCAGCUACUCUCCUAAUACGGUGUGGAAAACCCCUGGCUUUUUGUGAUCUCGUUCAAAUU